CAAAAGCCUGGUCCCGGUCUAAAUGUCUCAUGGUUGACUAAGAACUUGAAAAAUACACAGGAAAUGAAGAAGAAAGUCGUACUGGUGACCGGCGCUUCCGGUUACCUAGGUGGACGGCUAUGCAACCAGUUAUUCAACGGCGGCCACCAUGUUAAAGCCUUCGUCCGCCGUACGAGCGACCUUUCUUCUCUACCUCCGCCUAUUGACGGCGGAAGCAGCGGCGGAACUCUAGAGCUUGUGUUCGGAGAUGUUACAGAUUAUCAGUCACUCCUUCUGGCUUGCUCCGGUUGCCACGUCAUAUUUCACGCUGCCGCUUUAGUCGAGCCUUGGCUUCCGGAUCCUUCUAGAUUCAGCUCCGUCAAUGUUGGAGGGUUGAAGAAUGUGUUGCAAGCUUCUAAAGAAACGGGAGCUAUUGAGAAAAUUGUGUACACGUCAUCUUUUUUUGCCUUAGGAUCAACUGACGGAUAUGUUGCUGAUGAAACUCAGACUCAUAGUGGAAAAUCCUUCUGUACGGAGUAUGAGAAAUCGAAAGCUGUUGCUGAUAAAGUUGCAUUAGAUGCUGCGUCUGAAGGAAUGCGGAUUGUGCCUGUUUAUCCAGGAGUUAUAUAUGGUCCUGGAAAGGUCACAGCUGGAAAUGUCGUUGCGCGUAUGAUAAUUGAACGCUUUAAUGGGCGUUUACCUGGUUACAUUGGCCAAGCAAAUGACAGGUUUUCUUUUAGCCAUGUUGAUGAUGUGGUUGACGGGCAUAUUGCAGCUAUGGACAAAGGCAAACCAGGUGAAAGAUAUCUUCUUACUGGGGAGAAUGCAUCAUUUAAGGAAGUUUUUGACAUAGCUGCCAUGAUCACUCGGACAAAGAAGCCUUUGUUUGGCAUUCCCCUACUUAUUAUUGAAGCUUACGGCUGGAUAUCAGUUCUUUUCUCCAAAUUAACCGGAAAGCUUCCUCUAAUCAGUCCUCCGUCAGCAAAAGAGAGAAUUGGUUUAAUGCAGCAAUAUCACAAUGACAGAUACAUAGGGCUUAGCUUUCCCUUCAAGACUGUUUCCGUGCUUAGACAUCAGUGGGUUUACUCUUGUGAUAAGGCGAAGGCACAACUGGAUUACCACCCUAGAAGUUUGAAAGAAGGUUUGUCUGAGGUGCUUCCCUGGUUGAAGAGCUUGGGAUUGAUUAAAUACUGACAUGUAAUAUUUUGUGAAGAAAGUCUAGUGUUUCAUUAUGUGUACAUUAUCCUUAAGAUGACUGUGAAUACACGUUACUCAAUACCCAGUUUUAAUUUCAUUUUGUCGAGCUAUUGUUCUGAUGCUAAAAUUCAGGUUUGGGGCCUUA